AUGCGAUUUCGGCCUUUCAGCGAGACAGGCGAAGCACCGAACGUCAGCUUGCUAAACAGCGCAGAAACCAAGGCGCGGCUCGAGCAGUGGUGUCGGGAUGGGUUUGUAUUCAUGGAUCCCAAGAACGAGGAUCUGGGCUCCCACGUCGAGAAGCUGGAUAAUUUGCUUUCCCCAGUAAUGGUAUGUAGCCUCCUGGUUCAUAGGCAGAAAUGGAGCAGGGAUGAGAUUAUUGAUAGGGCGUGCGCCUUGCUGGCUCGUCUUCCCUCAUAUCCUCCAGAACUGCCCUUUGAAUAUGCAGGCAAGGAUGGCCAGUCUCAUGCAGAAAGUCCGUGGCCAGAGGAGUACUUUUUUACCUCUUAUUCGCCUUCUUCUUCUUCUACAGCGACGACAACGACAGGAACUGGGAGGCUGCGCGAUGGAUAUGAAUGGUCCAGUCUUCGGGUUUUGUCCAAGCCAAGUACGAAUGUCGUGCGGAUCGCUUUGUUUCUUGUUAUGCAAAGGAGCGUUCCAGUCGGGUUUCUCGGCGCGUAUCUAGACACCAUAACCACACUUCUCGACACGGCAACGGAGUUAUUCCUCCAGGGCUCAACAUCCGAGGCCGAUGCACGAGCUCGGUUUGUCCUGCAGGCGUUUCUGUGGGCAACGUGGCAUCAGACCAUGCUGAUUCAACUGUGGUACGACGCAAACAUCCAGAUGAGAACGGGGGUCUCGUUUGAUCGACAUAGCUACCCUGUGGCAAUGCCCGGGCGAGAGACCGUCGAGAGUCUACGACCAAAUUAUAUGUGCAAAUGGGCUUUUGAGCUUCUUCGGUCCGAUCUCAGCUCUGUGACGCAGGAUUUCAGGAGACUGUUCGAGAUCUACAAUGUCCAUUUUGGUGACCGUGAGCCGCGAUGCAAUCUCAAUCUCGCUGCUGCUGGUCAGGAUAGCAGUAGUAGCAGUAGCAGCAGGUCGAGGGUCUGUGAUGGCAAAGCGCCUGGAAACUGUCAGAGAUUUGAGUCCGAAGGGGUCCAGAUUCAAUCCGCUCAUGAUUUCGAGUGCCCUGGCUCUGCUUGCAGUCUCCUAACCUGGGACGAACAGUCGUAUAAGAACAUCAAAGGAGCCAGGGCCGUUUCUUUGGAAGAGACCGACGAGAAAUACAUCCGAUACUGUCCCGUGUCCACGGAAACCAUGGCCGUGUCUCAUGUCUGGAGCCACGGUCAAGGGGGGCGACCUGAGACUGGGUUCAACAACUGCCUCCAUCGCAGAUAUGCCAGACUGGCGCGGGCGUUAGACUGCACUUCAUAUUGGAUGGACACUCCUUGUGUCCCGACAGAUCAGGAGCUGCGGUACGAGGCGAUGGGCCAGAUUAAUAAUAACUUCCUCAAUAGCAAGGUCACCUUGCUAGUCGACCGAGACCUCAUGGAGAUCAAUAUUCAUCCACUCUCUCUGGAGGCAAAGGAAGCUAUCGUGGCAACCCUCGCGGUUUGCGAUUGGAAUGUUCGUGCCUGGACGCUCCUGGAAGGCAUGCGAGGCCGCUGGAACCUUCACAUCCUGUGCAAAGACAACCAUGUCAUAUCCCUUGUGGACGUCCUCAACGAUGUCUUGGCAUACAGUAAUCUCACCCUUGUAUCGCCAUGCUUAGCCUUGCAGCACUACAACCCUACCGGCGGUCGCCCAGUCGAGGGAGAAAUUCCUCCCGUCAAGAUAGAGCAAGCAACCUGCCUCUUGAAUCACAGACACGCCACCAAGGACCGAGACGUGACCAUGAUCUGGAGUCUGGUAUGCGGCUCAAAGCUCGUCAAAGCCUCUGUGGACUUUUGGAAGUCCAAAAUGGGAACCCCCCUGGCAACCGGAUUUCUCGUCUCCAGCGCUCCACGUCUCCAGGACCAGCACGGAUUCAGCUGGGCGCCGUCACGCCCGAAUCUCCUGCAUCCCACGGCUGGCACGCCCAGUGCUGCAGGACAAUAUCCUGCCUACGAUGGAGAGCUUAGUGUAGCAGGUAUGAUUACCGAACAAGGCUUCAAAGCGGAAUGGCUUAUGUGCCUGAUCGGUCGUUCCCGAGCGCUUCCGACCUGGCUCCACUUGAAGUUCUUCACUCAGGACGAAUCCCAGAUCAAAAGUUACUAUUCCGUCUACAACAAGGGCGGAAACUCAAGGAUGGACAUGAAAAGCCUAUACAAGCUCCGCUGCGUGAUCGCACCGGUGUUUAAAAAGUAUCGCUGGGUUGCUCUGCUGCUGCCUGCCGUUAGAGAUCGAGGAACUAAUGGAUCAACCUCUCCGCCUCGGCCGUUCCAAUACCAGGGGGAAGCCAAGGGACCCCUGCUGGUGAUAGCUGGCUCGAAUGAUGAAGUUGGAUGGGAGUGGCAGUUUGUGCAUGAGUGGGAUACAAGUUUUCACCUGCCAGAAUUCGUGCUGAGGGAAUUGUUGAUGGUUUAG